CAACUAUCAUAGUAGGCAACAACAUCUUCAACAUGGGCAACUAUAAUAUUGCUCAACUCAUAAUAUUUCUCAAUUUAGGAACUCUUCUUAUUUCUCAAGCAUCAUGUCCAUCUUGUGGCCCCACUCCUCCAACUAAGCCACCACCAAAGGUGAAACCACCGAAACCGUGUCCACCAACGGCGCCAUCACCCCCGAAAUCGUCACCACCGACGAAAUUACCUCCACCGACGAAAUCACCCCCGAAAUCGUCACCACCGACGAAAUCACCUCCACCGACGAAAUCACCCCCGAAAUCGUCACCACCGACGAAAUCACCUCCACCGACGAAAUCACCUCCGAUGGCAUCACCACCAAAAGCACCAGACGCGUGCCCCAUCGACGUCUUAAAACUAGGUGCAUGCGUUGACGUAUUGAAUGGCCUCGUGCAUAUAGGAAUCGGGCCAAGCGCCAAGGACGAGUGCUGCACGGUACUCGAGGGGGUGGCCGGGUUGGAUGCAGCCCUCUGCCUCUGCACCACCAUCAAAGCCAAGCUUCUCAAUAUCAACAUUCUCCUUCCCAUUGCUCUACAAGUUCUUGUUGAUUGUGGCAAAAAUCCACCUUCUGGAUUUCAGUGCCCUACUUAAUUAAGGUUGUUACAAGUUCUUUUUAUAGCAUAUGUCUAAUAUUUUGUGUUAUAUGUUGUUGCAUUGCCUAAGUAAAAUAAUAUGUACUAUCUUCUUCGAUUGAGAAAUUAAUGUUUAUUUAUGUAUUUUACAA